CGAUUGGGGAGACGUGUCUGGCUUCCCAAGCAAUCAGCGCGCAGGCGCAUAUUAUUCCCGAGUCCCAGUGAAAUGCUCUUGGACGUAGGAAGGGGAUCACCCUCUUUCCCUGUCUGUCUCCCCUUCCCUCUCUCUCCGCCCCCCACCUCUCUCGUUUCCUCUGCUUAGUCCAGCUUCCCCUUGUUGUUUUUAACGUCGCCUCCUCCCUAGGAAACUAUCCCCCCACCCCAGCUCCCGCUCCUCUAACCAGGCUCUCUGAAGCCAGUUCUGCCUGUUGAUUACUCCCUCCCCCCCUCUUUCCUUGCUUGAUUUCAAACCUUUGGAUGGUGUUUUGGUGUCACUAGGAGAUUAUCAUCCCUGGAGCUCCAGAGAGGGAGUGUGUGUGUGUGGGGGGGGGAGGCUGGAAUAAUAACACAACUGAGAUUUUGACUCUGUCCUGCAGCCAUCCCAGCGAUCUCUGGAUACCAGGUUGCAUCUGGGGGUGGCUGGAUCCCUCCCUAGGGCUGCUUCUGGUUGCUAGUAGAUUGGCUCCGGUUGCCGGCUCCUGGGAGGCUUUGCAGCUGGGGGUUGCCGGCUCCUAGUUGGCGGCGGCUGCUGCUGCUCCAGCUCGCAGCCCCCCUCUCGCUCCCUCUAUGAGCAGAGAGGCAGAGGAGCAGCAGGGGACGCCAGGAGGAGCAUUCCUUCCCCGGGGUUUAUGAAUGGCACUGACAUGGAGGAAAUACCGUUUCAGAAAGUCAAGACCAAGAGGAAGAAGUGCUGCCGCUGCUGCUGCUCCCCCCCGGCCGCGGCGGGCGCGGGCGCCGGGCUGGGGGGACCCCCUCCGCCGCCGCCGCUGCUGCUGGAUGCCAUCGCCUGCGAGGACGAGUUCGACUGCAAGGAGCUGGAGUCCCUCUUCCAGAGCUACAACCUGAAGCUGGAGCAGACCUCCACCCUCAAGGCGCUGGCCGUGCUCAUCGUGCUGACCGCCAGCCUGGCCCUGGUGGAGCUGCUCUCCGGCCCCAGCCUGACCAUCUCCAAGGGCUCGCACCCGGUGCACUGCAUCAUCUUCCUCUCCCUCUUCAUCGUCACCAACGUCAAGUACCUGCAGGUCACCCAGCUGCAGCAGAUCGUCAAGCUCACCCUGCUCUUCAGCUUCACCUUCUCCUUCCUCUGCUGCCCCUUCUCGCUGGGCGCCUACGGCCUGGAGCCCCCCAGCGCCCCCGAGCAGGGCAUGUGGCAGCUCAUGCUGGUCACCUUCGUCUCCUACUCGCUGCUGCCCGUGCGGACCCUGCUAGCCAUCGUCUUCGGGCUGGUGGUGGCGGUCUCCCACCUCAUCGUCACCGCCACCUCGGUCAGUGCCAAGAGGCAGCGGCUCUGGAGGACCCUCAUGGCCAAUGCUAUCCUGUUUGUCAGUGUAAAUUUGUAUGGGGUCUUUGUGAGGAUUUUGACGGAAAGGGCUCAGAGGAAGGCAUUCCUUCAGGCCAGGAACUGCAUAGAAGACAGGCUAAAGCUGGAGGAUGAAAAUGAAAAACAGGAGCGUCUCCUGAUGAGUCUUUUGCCCAGGAACGUUGCCAUGGAAAUGAAAGAAGAUUUCCUGAAGCCACCCGAAAGGAUUUUUCACAAGAUUUACAUUCAAAGGCAUGACAAUGUUAGCAUUUUGUUUGCAGACAUUGUGGGGUUCACUAGUUUGGCAUCACAGUGCACUGCUCAAGAGCUGGUGAAGCUUCUGAAUGAACUCUUUGGCAAGUUUGAUGAAUUAGCUACAGAAAACCACUGCAGAAGAAUUAAAAUUCUAGGGGACUGUUACUAUUGUGUAUCAGGAUUGACACAGCCCAAAACAGACCAUGCCCACUGCUGUGUCGAAAUGGGACUGGAUAUGAUUGACACCAUCACGUCUGUAGCAGAAGCCACUGAAGUGGAUCUCAACAUGAGAGUUGGACUACACACAGGCAGGGUACUUUGUGGGGUCCUAGGUCUCCGCAAAUGGCAAUAUGAUGUCUGGUCAAAUGAUGUGACUCUAGCAAAUGUAAUGGAAACUGGAGGAUUGCCUGGGAAAGUUCACAUAACAAAGACCACCUUAGAGUGCCUAAACGGUGACUAUGAGGUAGAACCAGGGUAUGGCCAUGAAAGGAACAGUUUCUUGAAGAAGCAUAAUAUUGAAACAUUUUUUAUUGUGCCAUCCCAUCGGAGGAAGAUAUUUCCAGGACUGAUUCUCUCAGACAUAAAGCCUGCCAAAAGAAUGAAGUUCAAAACAGUCUGCUACCUGCUGGUCCAGCUCAUGCAUUGUCGUAAGAUGUUCAAAGCUGAGAUACCUUUCUCCAAUGUCAUGACAUGUGAGGAUGAUGAUAAGAGGAGAGCAUUAAGAACAGCCUCUGAAAAACUCAGGAAUCGUUCCUCUUUUUCUACGAAUGUGGUACACACCACCCCAGGAACUCGAGUUAACAGAUACAUCAGCCGUUUGAUAGAGGCCCGGCAAACUGAGUCCGAGAUGGCUGACUUGAAUUUCAUUACCCUCAAGUAUAAACAAAUUGAACGUGAGCAUAAAUACCACCAGCUUCAGGAUGAAUACUUCACCAGUGCUGUAGUUCUUUCACUAAUUCUAGCUGCCUUAUUUGGCCUUGUCUACCUUCUAAUAAUCCCACAGAGUACCAUAGUCCUUGUCCUCCUGGUGUUCUGCAUAUGCUUCCUAGUGGCUUGUAUUAUGUACCUACAUGUCACACGAGUACAAUGUUUUCCAGGGUGCCUGACAAUACAGAUUCGUACCAUUUUGUGUAUUUUUAUUGUGAUUUUAAUUUACUCUGUGGCUCAAGGGUGUGUGGUUGGAUGCAUGCCUUGGGUAUGGAGUACGAAUUCCAGCAGUUCCAUUGUUAUCAUUUCUCCCGGUGGAAUGAAUAAAACAAUGAAUGAACUUCCAUGUGAUACAGCCCAUUAUGCUUUCCUUUCCUGCGUUGUGGGGACUCUUACCUUGGCAAUAUUUCUACGUGUCUCUUCCUUGCCAAAAAUGAUCCUCCUGCUUUUUGUUACUAUUUUGUACAUAGUUGUUCUGGAACUCAGCGGAUACAGAAAAGCAGUAGGGGGUGGCUCCUUUUAUAUGCGUGGCUAUGAACCUAUAUUAGCCAUUUUGCUGUUUUCUUGUGCGUUGGCACUUCAUUCCAGGCAGGUGGACUUGAAGUUACGUCUGGACUACCUCUGGGCUGUGCAGGCAGAAGAAGAGAGAGAUGAUAUGGAGAGAGUAAAGCUGGAUAAUAAAAGAAUUCUCUUCAAUCUCUUGCCAGCACAUGUUGCACAGCACUUUCUUAUGUCUAACCCUAGGAACAUGGACCUUUAUUACCAGUCAUAUUCACAAGUGGGAGUGAUGUUUGCUUCCAUCCCAAAUUUCAACGAUUUCUACAUUGAACUGGAUGGCAAUAACAUGGGAGUGGAGUGUUUACGCCUCUUAAAUGAAAUUAUUGCCGAUUUUGAUGAGCUUCUGGACAAAGAAUGUUAUAAGGACAUAGAAAAGAUCAAGACAAUUGGCAGUACAUAUAUGGCAGCCGUAGGACUUGUACCAACUACAGGAACUAAGGCUAAAAAAUCAAUUGAUUCCCACUUGAGUACACUGGCAGAUUUUGCAAUAGAGAUGUUUGACGUUCUUGAUGAAAUCAACUAUCAGUCUUACAACGACUUUGUCCUCCGAGUUGGUAUUAAUGUUGGGCCUGUAGUGGCAGGAGUUAUUGGGGCCAGAAGACCACAGUACGAUAUCUGGGGCAACACUGUAAACGUUGCCAGCAGAAUGGAUAGUACUGGAGUGCAGGGUAAAAUUCAGGUGACAGAAGAAGUUCAGCGGAUAUUAAAGAGGUGCACUUACGAGUUUGUGUGCCGAGGUAAAGUCAGUGUAAAGGGAAAAGGCGAAAUGUUGACCUAUUUUCUUGAAGGAAAGGCCAAUGGAAAUAAUUCACAACCACGGUCUUUAAACUUAGAGCGGAAAAUGUACUCCUAUGGGAGAACAAACAUUCAAACCAAACUGGGCACCAGUUGUCCAUCAGUGUCCUCAGUCGCCAGCUUUACUGUAAAAGCUGGGCUUGGAGCACUUCAAGCAUCAACAACCCACACAAAUCAAACAUUACAUUACCUUCCUUCUGUGCCAGCUUUGAAAGAAGCAUAGAGCAGAGAAAAUUUGGUUACGGCAUUCGCAGUGAACUCAGAGAGCAAAGGUUGCCUGAAUUUUCACCAGGAGGUCAAGGAUCAUAGGCCAUGGCAUCAACCAAGGAUCACUACAACCCAACCAAAGAGAACUUGGGAACUGCAUAAACGAACUCUUGGAAUGGAAUAAAUAAGGGCUAGCAAUUCUGUUAGGAAAAGUCUAAACCCAAUUUUUUGGAAAUAGGGAAUAUUUUCUUGGCAUUUUUAAAGGAUAAAUGCUAUAAUUGAAAAAAGUGUAC